AUGCAAAGGCCAUUUGAGGUCGUCUGCAUCGUGAAGCAUCCAUGGAAACUAAUGGGACCUGCGAUCCCUGAGCCUCUGGAGCAGGGUAACCAUGUGUCCGCCGCGCACAGAGCCCCACUCAGCUGCAGCCUUCACCGAGCCAGAGUGGACCCUGGUGUUAGCUGGCAAGAAAGAACAUCGCUUCAGUACAGUGUUGUUAACAAGCUUACCUCAAAAUAUACUGACUUUUUGCCUUCUUUUUUAGAUCAAACCACCCUGGUAGAACAAGUGAAAAGAGUCAAAGAAAUUGAAGCUAUUGAAAGUGAUUCUUUUGUUCAGCAAACAUUCAGAUCAAGUAAAGAAGUCAAAAAGGCAGCAGAACCAAUUGAAGUGAAGUUUCCAACGGCAGCAUCCGGACCGGCUUCCGUGGCGGCCGAGCCGCCCAGUGCUGAGAAGGAAGUAGACCCUGGCAACAUCCCGACUGCCAUCAAGUACCAAGACGACAAUUCUCUUGCCCAUCCAAAUUUAUUUAUUGAGAAAGCAGAAGCUGAGGAUAAAUGGUUCAAGAGAUUAAUCAGUCUCCGACAAGAAAGGCUAAUGGGCAGUCCUGUCGCCUAAGGAGCAUGCAUAUGUUGGAAUGGAUAGUAACAUUAAAAGUCUAGGUUUUUAAAUCCCCCAACAUUAACUUUUUGCUCUUAAAAAUAAUUUAGCUAAUUACAUAAAAAAUCAAUCCCAUUUAAUUAUUUUCCCAUUUAGGCAGGCUUGAAUAUGUAUUGCUUUGAACAACAGCCUAUAAAAAUGAGAUGUCAUUGAUCUUGUAUUAAAAUCAUUUUUAAAAUCUUUGUUCACCUUUUUAAAAAUGUUUAGGUACAAUAAUAAACUAGAUAUUCAAACAAUGAGCAUGUUAAAGCUUAAAAUGAUAAUAACAUUUAUUUUAAAGCUUCCCCCCAAAUUAAGUAAAUUGGUGGUUUUGCUUACA